AUAUGUUUCUCGGGUCUUCACGUUAGCUUGGGCCAAAUCAAAAUAAACAAACGCGUUUAGUUUAAAACUUAUUGUUAAACGUGUUCCUGUUGGGAUUUUCAGUCUUUAAUUUUGUGUUCACGGUUAUUUUAAGACUUUUUCAUGUGCAGCAAAUGUCUUCAGAGCCUGCAGAGUUUGAAAGCUUUGAGACAGCGUCAAAUUCUGGCUCUGUGUUCAUGUGUCGGCUGUGCAACCUCUUCUCUCCCAGCCGCCCUCUGCUGCUGGCUCAUUGCUCACAGCUUCACCCCCAGCAGGAGCCUCCUGAUGACAUCAUCAUUGCACUACAGCCCCUUGUAGCAGAGCCUGCGGGGACCCUGGCAGAGAGUCCAGUGAAACGAAAACGAGGAAGACCAAAAGGUUCCACGAAGAAGCGCACAGACUGGACAGAGGGCAAGGCUGACUCCACCCAUUCUCUAGAGGAUAAAGUUAGAAGAGAAGAAGAGAGGAAUAAGGAGGAGGCAGACAGACAAGGUGAAAAUGAUAACGGGAUAUCAGGGCUGGAAUGUAGAGACUGUCAUCGCUUGUUCAGGAACAGACGACAGAUCCUCAAACACAUCUGCCUGAGAGAAGAGGAGGAGGAGGAGGAAGAAGAGAACGGGAGCGUCUGUGGUGGAGCAGUAGUUGAGGAUGCUGAAAAUUUGGACCCUGGGGGAGCUGAUCCAACUCAGAUGCACCAAAACCCAGCAGGACCAGGACUUGUGAGAGAAAAAGGUGUGGGCAGCGGACAGAGAACCAAUAAGAGAAGUCGGAUGCUUUCUGAGGACCGAAGCCGCAUCUCUAAAGAAGGAGGCCUUGGAACAGGCAACAAAAAGUCGGUCGUCAGUGUUGUUCUGAAGGAAGAUGAAACAAUCCCAGGUGUUUCUAAAAUGGUUCCAGUGGAGGACAGUUCAGCAGAAACAGAGUGUGUAUCCAUCCAGGCCAAGCCUCAGCACUCUGCAGUCUUCCAGAGUCAGCCACAAGACAUUGGAAGUGAAUCGACUGCCUGUGAAGACAACCCUAAAGCAGACCAGGAGCCAAGUUCUAACCCGACCUCCACAACAGUAACAGCCAGCAGAGGCUUCCAGGAAUAUUCUAUCAAGCAAGAUGCUACCAAUUUACUUCAGAGCCAGUUGAAGAUCUUCGCCUGUGAGUUCUGUAACAAGAUCUUCAAAUUCAGACACUCGCUGAUUUCCCACCUCAGGACACACACCCAGGAGAAACCGUUCAAAUGUCCACAUUGUGACUACGCGUCAGCCAUCAAAGCCAACUUGAAUGUUCACCUGAGGAAGCACACAGGAGAGAAGUUCAGCUGUCAGCACUGUCCUUUCAACUGCCUCAGCCCAGGACACCUCAAGGUCCACAUAGAGCGAGUCCAUUUGAAGGUGAAGCAGCACUGCAGCUUCUGCCAGAAAAAGUACUCGGAUGUGAAGAACCUGCUGAAACAUAUGGAGAAACGGCAUAACCUGAAAGACCCUGUUGUCUCCCAGAACUACCAACAACUGAGGCUAAAGACUCGUCAGGGCCUCAGACAGCUCCUCUACCACUGUCCCACCUGUAAUCGACGCUUUAAGAACCAGCUGGAGCGGGAGCGCCACCUGUUGGUCCACGGGCCUCAGCGCCCCUUUGCCUGCUUGCUCUGUGACCAUGCUGCAACCAAGCUGGCCGCCCUCGCUGCUCAUGUCAGAAAGCACCCCUUUCUAUACGUGUGCUCUGUGUGUGACGGGAAGUUUGUCAGCUCACAGAGACUAAAGAGUCACCUUAAGGAGUCUCACCUUGAGCUGGACCAAGAGCAGGCUUUUACCGACUGCAUCAACAACAGCUUCUAUCUGAUGCAGCCUGGAGGAAGCAUGUGGGGAGAUGAAGAGAGGGAGGACACAGAGAGAGGGAUAAAUGAAAAGGACGGGGUAGUGCAUGAAAAUGAGAGUAGGGAGGAGGGUGUAACAAAUGGUGUAGGAGGGGAGGAGCUGAGAGAUGGAGAAGGGGAGCAGCUUCAAGGAGCAAGAGGGGAAGACGAGGAGGCUAAAUCUCAGGAUGAAAGCGCAGAAGAACAGCAGGUGAUAGAGGGAAAGACGAGAGAAGUAGGAGAUUCCCAAGAAGUGCUCCAUCAAUCAAUUACUAUAGAAACCACAACUCCCUCUGACAGACAGGAGGAAGAGUGCGUUGAGUCUUCUGAUUGGUCUGAAGUGACAGUGGCGGAAAGGUCACAGGAAAACACGGCGGACACACGCACCUCUGGAGAUGGCAAUACACGUGGACAUGAAGAGAACACGCAAGGCUUAUUACCAUCCCAGGAAAUUCACACCCCUACUUUGGAAAACACACACAGGAGUUCAGAAAACACGCACCCAGCUGAUGACGACACAUCUGCAGCCAAAGACACAAACGCAUCUUCGUCAUCAGUAAAUACAAACUUGUCUAAUUUGGGCGUACACACACCUUUGUCAUCAGCACCUCCAGAAGAAGAUAACCAGACUCCACAAUCAGAAACGGUGUCAGAGGUUUUCCAUCAGAGUGCGUUCCAGCAGGUGUUUUCGUCUCUUCAGAAGACUCUGCUUGAUAUGGAGACUUUCCAACGGCUCAGGAAAAUUUACGGGGACCUGGAAUGUCAAUACUGUGGUAAACUGUUCUGGUACAAAGUCCACUAUAACGCGCAUGUACGUACACAUACCAAGGAGCACUUGCAUUAUUGUUCAAAGUGUAGCUACUCUUCCAUCACCAAAAGCUCUUUAAAACGACAUCUGAUCCAGAAGCACAGCGGCUUGCUGCUGCCUUGUUCUAAUCCUGGAUGUAAAUACAGCACACCUGACAAAUACAAACUACAAGCCCAUCAGAGGACGCAUCAGGAACAGGCAAAGAGUGUGACCUGUCCUGUCUGCCAUCACAGCUAUCCAGAGCACAGACUGAAACACCACAUUAAAACAGUCCAUCCUGAUACAGUGCCUGUGCAGGGUAAAGGGCUGAUGGUGAAGCGUGCAGAGAAGUGCCCUUACUGUGAUUCUUACUUUCUAAAGAACAGCAGUGACUUUCAGCAGCACAUCUGGGCCCAUCAAGGUUUGAAACCAUACCUCUGCACAAUGUGUGACUACGCAGGCCGCAGUAGGAGUAACCUGAAGACUCAUAUGAAUCGACACAAUAAAGACAGAUGUCACGUCUGUGAUCUGUGUGGUAAAACAUUCAAAUCUAAAGUCACUUUGAAAAGCCACAGACUGAGCCACAGCAGUGAAGGGAAACGGUUUCAGUGCACAAAGUGUGACUUCACCUGUGUCUCUAAACCUUCCUUGCUCAGACACAUGGAGCAGCAUGCUGAAUUUAAGCCGUUCCGUUGUGCCCACUGCCACUACUCCUGUAACAUUGCUGGUCCCCUGAAGAGACACUACAACAGGAAACACCCAGAUCAGAAAUAUCAGAACGCUGGACCUGGACUAGCUGACCUAGAUGCUUUGAAACAACAAGGUGGAAUGAAGUGUCCUGAAUGUGAAUUUAUUUAUGGCACCAACUGGGAACUGAACCGCCACCUGAAAAGCAAACAUGGCCUGAAACUGGUGGAAGGCACCUGGGAGGUGGGGGAGGCAGUAGAGGCCCAGUACUUGCCCGUGGAGGAUGAAGAGCAGCUGACAGAAGCACACGUAGCAGCCCUGCAGGACAACGGGGCAGUUAAUAUUCUCCAGCAGAUCACUGAAUUCAGUUCAGAGGCUCACAACGCUGUCACCUCCAUGGUUGCCAUGGCUCCAGGCACCGUCGCCGUCGUAGAACAGUUGCAGGUGGCCGAGGAGAAGGAAGUCUGCAGCAACCAGCUGAUGGUGGUGAACGCAGAGGGGGAUCUAACUGGUAACCAGGUGAUGGUGGUGGAGGAGGGACACGGCUUGGAGGCCCUGACAGUCCUCACUCAGGGAGAAAACACUCACCACUAUAUUGUCUACGUCCAGGAACAUACUGUAGAAAUCAACUAGCAUUUCACCACAGGAUUGUCGAUCCAUCAGUACUGGGUGGAUCAGUGCGUAUCAGUAGAUGAGUAAAGUAAAGCAACAUAAAAUGUUCAAUAAGCAAUAAAAUCAGGAUUUAGUGAAUGUAAGAAUUCCUUUCAUCAUAUUUAUUUUUUAGUCACUUGGUAAUUAUAAAAACAAUAAGUGCAAUACUUUGUUGUGUGAUAAUGUGACAUAUUUUGUACUUACAAAGCAUAUUUAAAUAAAAUCCCUGUCCUGCA